UCGAAGGAUCGAGGAGAGGGUGGGGAACCGGCAGUGCUUUGAUACAUAAGAAAUAACUCCUAGAAUGGAUAUAUCAGUUAUCCCCGAGUCUCCGAAGUAUCAAGACCUCAAUGUACUGAGAAUGACGUUCUUACAUGUGUUGGCUUUGGCGUUGAUCAUGGUGGUCGCCGUGGAGUCACAAGGCUUUGAGAACGAGCCUGGCUCAUCAUUACCGGAAGAAGGACAACUCCAUCACCGACAGAUUCGAUCCCCUCGCCUGUAUAUUCCCAACAGAUUUAGAAGUCUCCGUCGACGUCAACGAAAACCCAUUCGAUUGGCCACGAACAUAGUGAUGAUCGGGGCCGACAAUACGGAUGAUAACUUGGUCGAGGCCACGACCCGACGGACAUACUAUCGAUAUUACCAUUAGCCAACCAACCCUGUCAUGCAUAUGCUUUUGUUGUCAACCCUUUGUCAGCCUCCGCUAUACAGUUAUGUU